UUGAGAUCCUGAGAACGAUCAGACGACGAUAUCGGUUAUCUAGGGCAUACCAUAUAUUAUUCACCUCUUUAUGAAUUGUAUUAUUAUAUGUGAAUAGCCACAUCAUAUUACCCAUGUUCGGUUAGAGGUAACCUUUAUCCCCCGUUUGCCUCUAGGAAUGAGUCAGCAUUGAAGCCGUAUUCAAACGCAUACGCUUACACCCACACGAGUACAUCUACCGGUCCAUCAUGCUCUCCAUCUUCCCGCAUUCAUUAGACUCGGCGCCUGUUGUACCGCAAGUAUCGCCUCUUUCCACCAGCAGUACUCCAACCAGGAACGACGCUUCCAGGCCAACACCGACAAUAAAACGCAAAUCAAAGAAGAAAGUUUUAUCUAUCACAGUCAAUACAGUUAAUUGCAAAUACGAUGUCGUCCGUGACUGCUGUCAGCGAUUGGGCUAUCGUGUCGUCGAUGAUUUGGAGCCUUGGAUGCUUUUUUGGAUUGACACUGGGGUAUCUGUGGAGCGGGUUUUGGGAAUGAAGCCGUAUCAAAAAAUCAAUCAUUUUCCUGGAAUGCAUGAGAUAUGUCGGAAAGAUCGACUAGCCCGCAAUCUUGGCCGCCUCUCUCGGCUUUUCCCAAAAGACGCCAAUUUCUUUCCCAAAACUUGGAUUCUUCCUUCUGAGUGGGCCGAUUUUCAAAUCGCACAUCGAUCUUCACGACGACGACAGUGCUAUAUUGGAAAGCCAGACCAUGGUUGUCAAGGGAAAGGCAUAUUCUUGUUCAAAUCACCCGAUGAUGUCACCCCAAUCUUGAAAACCCUCAAAGGUACCACUAGUUUGAUUGUACAAACAUACCUCAACCGCCCAUUCCUCAUCGAUGGAUACAAGUUUGACUUGCGCGUCUACGUUCUUGUGGCAUCUGCCGACCCUCUACGGGUAUUCAUGUACCGAGAUGGACUUGCGCGGUUUGCUACGGAACCCUACCGGGAGCCAAAGGACGGUAACUUGGACAACGUCUGCAUGCAUUUGACGAAUUACGCGAUCAACAAGCAUUCGGAGAACUUUGACCAUGCAACCGAGGAUGGAAAAGGAAGCAAGCGGUCGAUUAGAUCUGUUAUGCGCUGGUUGACGGCCCUGCGCGGAUCCGCGCAGGUAGAAGCACUGUGGCAGCGAAUUGGAGAAGUGGUAGUCAAAACACUAUUGACAGUACAACCACAAUUAAAACGAAAUCUGCAUGCUUGUUUUCCUAAGAAACGUACCGAAAGGGAGAGAAGCACUAGUCCUGGCGAAGAGCACGCACAUCCACCGCAAUUGGAGAGCAUUCAUAAUAGUCAAUGUUUUGAAAUUCUGGGCUUUGAUAUUUUCGUGGACCACAAGCUAAAACCAUGGGUCCUUGAAGUGAACCACUCACCAAGCUUCACCUGCGACAGUCCAUUGGAUACCGAAAUUAAAACUGGGGUCAUAUCCGAUGCUUUGCGACUUCUCAACCUAAAUCCUGCUGGCUCCAAGCAGUUUUUCGAUGAUCAGAAAGCCAGGUCGAUGAAUAGGCUUCUUGGUUCUUUGGUGACUCCAAGUGCAAAACGCUCUGAGGGCAAUAGCGAUGCCAGCGUUACCCGCUCCACCGAGCUGCGAUCACGUAAACCUGCUUCCCCAGCUGAGAAUCAGCACAUCCCUGCCCCUGCAUCUCAAAACGAGCCUGCUGUCUCUAGCAAAUCGACAUCGUCCACAUCAAGCUCAACACCGACAACACCGGAAACAUCGACUAAUGAAGAGCUUUCGGAAGAAGCGGCACAAGUAUUGGCGACAUAUCAUGCCGAGUUCUCGCCACAAUCGAUGGCGGUUUUAGAGGCUUUCGAGGAUGCCAAUCUCGGUCAAUACGAACGCAUUUUUCCCCCGACAGAUAUCAAAAGAUUGGCGCACUACCUUCUUUUGAAAAAGGAAGCGACAAAUAUAUUUUCCGAAACGCUCUCGACUAAACGAAGAAGAGAGCAUCUGGAAAAUAAAAAGAAAAAGCAGCAACAGCAAGCUGAAAAGCUUCUCAACUGGCGACAGAAAAUGCGAGAAAAAUCUCGGUCCAUGCCACAAUUAUCGGAUGGAUCAUCUACAGAUAAUAUGAAAGAUGGUCGGAAGACUAAAUCGGCUACGGACAUCUACAAGAGUAAUGGAAGCCGGUCUCCCCUCAAGAUCGCUAUGCGAGCAGAGGAAACACGUCGAUCGCGUCGACUCCAAAACAAACAAACAAUCAAAAUGAAUGUGGAAUCUAUCAACGAUCGGUUCUUUCAGACGCUGGCAGUGCAGCAGGGAUAUGAGACUGGAAUUCGGGAGGAUCAGCCAAGUAUCCCAUGUCGGCCUUAUAUUACAGGAUCAGGAAGCUCAGGGGAUAAACCGCUAUCGUCAUCCAGAGCUAAGUCGGUUAACGUAAAGUUCCUUCCGGCACAAGAGGACAUCACUCGCAACACAAGGUCGACGGAUGACCGAACCCUGGAAACGCAAGCAGGACUGUCCGUACGUGCCACAGCGAAGGAGCUGUACGAUACGAAACUUUUGGGUGAGCUGCUACCUGACUCUAAAUCGGGGUCAAAAGGAAGUUUUGACCGCACCGAACUAAUCAAGCGGAUGAGAGCAGCCUUCGAGCGGUUACAGCACGAAGCACACGAUUUUGGUCCACAUGAGGAGAGAAGGGCCAAGCGAAUUUAAGUAGGAGAAAACGCCCAUAGAGGCAGUAUGAUACAGAAUGCCUUGGGGGGAGGUAGAACAAGAUGGGGAUCACAGAAAGUGGGAGACUUCCAUUUAUUUUGCACGCUUUUAUAACCACUUUUCAGAUAGACUGAAGCCAAGUUGCAGUAGAUGUAAUAUAGCAAAAUGCAUGUUUGUUAGCACCACAACCGUCUCUUGCAGCGCAUCUGUUCCUACCUACGCUGACGGCAAAC